GCCCCUGUCGAAAGGUUUUUUGGUGGGCCCCUGGUGUCCCAGUCCAACACUGUCUACUUUUAAACAGGUCACCAGUUAAUAUUACUUGCCAACAGUGGGAGGUUGGGGGGUUGUUAAUUGGUAAUCGAAUUAUCUACCUUGCAAGGACCAAACAUCAAGGAGCCUCAGUCUUCCGGUUUCCCCUGAUUAGCUCCACAAAAAAACAUUGAUUUUCCAUGAUUACAACAAUAGAUGAAUGUUGAACAUGGGGAAUACAGUGUAUACAAUGUAUGGUUACCCUGCACUGUGUGUUUACUUCAGAAACAUGACUACAGUCUAUAUAAAUAAGCUGUUCUGCAGCCAUUCAAACUGCAACAAGGCACAGGUUCCAUAAAGGAUGGCUCUGUCCAGUACUAUGGGUUUAGUUCUUAGAAAAGAAGAGGAGCCAAAUGUCUUUCAGGAAUAUAGAAUGAAACCAUUUCUCGUGUACAUUUGCUGUAUAGAAAUAAAUAAAUGGUAGGUGCUGCAUGAACAGAUACAAGCGUUACAUGGAAAAAUAUUUUCCUAUAUCGUAUAUUUUCCUUGUGGAUUUAAUUAAAGGCGCCCAUUUUGCCUUAAAACUUUUCUGUGUAAAAAUGUGAACAAUAGCAAUCUCUCUCUUUGUUUUUCGGUAUUUUUUUAACACAAAUACCACAGAAAUGCACUUGGGCCCCCUGAAAUGUCCCUGUUGAUUUGCCCGGACCGCGUCAAAUAAAUAAAACGCACGGCUUUAUAAAUGUGCAGUUUAUAUGACAUUGUUUUUCACACGUUUUUUUUUUCUGUGGUUAAAAACACCCAUUCCGGAAAUUUCUUUAUUUGUUUUUCGGUAAAUAAACUAUUUCCCACUUUCAGCCCACGUGGUCCCUUAGCAAAGCAAGAGUUAAUCCGCCUGAACAAGGUAAAAGUGAGGGGGAUAUUCUUUGUGUAGACAGAACACUCCCAGAAUCCCAUGUCAGCCAGAGGCGACAAGCGUUGCUUAAUGUACAAGGAGCACAGGUUGGCUGAUAUCCCGGCACAUACACAGAUGCUGGAAGAAACGUCAUCGCUUUCCUGUCCUCCGACAUGAAGUAUCUCAUCGCGCCAACCCUUUAACACUCAGCCCCUCCUCCCGGAUUGCUGCAUAGAGGUUGUCUCAGGGUCCAACCGGCUCCGGGCAUUUCAUUCCUGCCUAUCUCCCUGCAAUGAGCCUCACCCCCAACACAUCGGAUUGUUCCUGAGCCGGGUGACCCCUCCUCUGACCUCCUGCCGCUGUAAAUCUGCUACAGGCUGCACCAUGGUGUCCUGGAUCAUCUCCCGGCUGGUAGUGUUGAUAUUUGGCACAUUAUAUCCAGCGUAUUCAUCAUACAAAGCAGUCAAGACAAAAAAUGUUAAAGAAUAUGUAAAAUGGAUGAUGUACUGGAUUGUGUUUGCCUUUUUCACAACGGCGGAAACUCUUACUGAUAUUAUCCUUUCCUGGUUUCCGUUCUAUUUUGAGUUGAAAAUUGCAUUUGUGAUUUGGCUUCUCUCACCUUACACAAAAGGCUCCAGUGUACUAUACAGGAAGUUUGUCCACCCAACAUUGUCCUGCAAAGAAAAGGAAAUUGAUGAAUAUAUCGCUCAGGCAAGGGACAAGAGCUAUGAAACCAUGAUGCGGGUUGGAAAAAGAGGUUUGAAUAUUGCUGCGAAUGCUGCCGUAACAGCUGCUACCAAGGGUCAAGGGGUCCUUUCUGAAAAGUUACGCAGCUUCAGCAUGCAGGACCUGACGUUGAUUCAGGAUGGUGAUGUUGCUCAUUUACAGAGUCCGGAGCCCCGCACCUGUAGUGCGUCCACUGGCUUGGUAGAAACCAUUGCAGAUCCAGUGCCAACAAUCUGUGCAGCUGGCGAGGAUCAGCACCAUGCUGUGAAGUCAGACGGAGAACAACCAGAUGUUAAACCUGAACAAUCAGAUGAAGAUGCCAUAGAGAAAGUACCAAAGCGUACAGCCAGUGUCAAAACUGUGAAAAAGGUGACAAAAGUGGAGGCACAGCCUAAGAACACAAAGGCACGGCCCAAGAAGAAAACUACAGGGUCUAGUGUUUCCGGGGAGUCAGCAUGAACAUUGUGUCUGUCUGUCCAGAAUUCACCUUCUGCUGGAGUCUCUUCCAAGGACCAGGUGUAACAGAACUGCUUUUAGGGUCACUCCAUACAUGGGAUGAUCAAUAUCUGCAAGAAAACUGCAUUUUGUUAAGUAUAAAUAUAUUUUACAAAGCCACAUUGAGAUUUAUAUCUCAUAUGCAAGUUGUGCUGGAAACCACUGACUGCGGUGGCUUGACAAGACCUCAAAAUUUUUUUGCUAUGAGAGCAAUUCUUUCUCUGAAGAACAAUCCACUUUUUGGAUCAAAUGUGCCCAGUCUCUCACUGAUCUGGUGCUACUUGGGCUACUAGGAUAUGUGAACCUGCCACGUGUCAAAUCAGAUGCUAGGACAGUCAAUAAGUUCAGUGAUGAAGGUUGUAUGGUGUAUAGUGACAGGCAUGCAUAUGCAAUUGUAUUCUGAGGGGAUUUCCAAUAUCUAUUUAAUAUAAAAAUAUACACAGAGUAGUUGCACAGAUAUGCACGUUCAGUUCCAGCCUGUAUUGUUUAGGGUACUGGUGAAUGCUAAUCUUGGUAAAAGGUUGGUCUUAGGGUCAUAUGUAGAUGGUGAUUUUUAAACAAAAACUUAAAGGGAAUAAAAUUGUGUAAGGUAAUGAUUUUCUCAUAGCACGGUACAAAUGGCAAAUGGACAGGCAGUAUUGCUUAGGGUAAUGGAGGUAUUAAUGCAUAUACAUUUGGUGCUCUUUCUGAUUGUAAUACUCCGCAGAACUGCGAGAAAAUUUAUUUUCCCUUGAUUCAGAGUAAACUGCACCUGCUAAUGAGAGCAUCAUUUUCAUUUAAUGUUUGACAGGUAGCAAACUAUGUGCCACAAACACACGCGGCUACAAUGGGUUCCGCUACUGCUCAUAUGUGUACUGUGUUUUGUCCACGCAGCUUAGGGUUCCAUGCCUGGCUGCAAAAUGGAGGUAAAUAUUGAAAUCACAUCCCUUUAGACGUGAUUAUUUCUUGUUGUAUCAGUAUCAGUGCGGGACUGACAUGUCAUUGAAUUUAGCUGUGCUCCUUUUUUAUUCUUUUAAAUUUGUGUUGCCCCCAAUGGCAGGCAUGUGCCAUGUUUUUCUAUAUAUAUUGGCAUUAACCUAUAGGAAAGUCACCUAUUUUUGCAUUGUCACACCCUUCUGGUAAAAAAAAAAAAAUAGCACUGGAUUGUAAUAGUUGUGGUAUUUCUGCCUGUUACUAGUGUGAAAAUGCUGUAAUUAGUAGAAGAUGCUGGCCAAGUGCUGCUUGGGGUUUUUAUGUAUUUUAUUAAAAACUUUACUGGAUUAGAGACAGCACUGUGGCUUAACAGGCCACCUUACUCAAGGUUUGGGGGUGCCUUGCUCAGGGACCCAGGAGUAUCUAGUUAAACUACUGAAUUGGACCUAUAGUAGCUUAGUAUACUUUUCAAUGCAGAUUUAUAGCAACGGGAAUACCAAGACUGGAAAAUGACUUGAGAUAGCUGAUGGAGCUGGGGAAAGUGAGGAGGUUUUACAUGCAGGACAGUGCAGGAGAACAGGCAAGCCUAUUUAAAUCAAUGUUAUCCAACCAGUGUGACACAACUUCUCUGUUAUUUGUUUGCACAGCUAAUUUUUCGAGCAGCUGGAAAACUCACGCAAGCUUUGUCUGCUUGUUUGUAGACCCAUUGUAAUAGUCAACUAAGUGGCUGAUGGAUCGCUCAUCACACGGUGGCUGGUUUUUCCAGUGUAAAAUAAACUGUCGGCUGAACAAAUAGAAUCUCAUUGGGAGAAAAAGGAUUUAUCUGCCCAGAGAAAGCGUUUGUUGGUGGUAUAACUCCAUGACUGACUGAAAGAGCAUCAUGUUAGAUAGCUUAAAGGGCUGUUCCACAUUGGUUAAUGGGGUUAGAGAUGUUGUACAGGUUUAGGAAAACACUGGAACUAGACUGGCAGGAGUGGAAGGUAGGGAUGUAACUAGAAAUUAGUGGGAAAUGCAGCAAAACAUUUAAGGUCCUUAAUACCUGGGGACUAUAACUUGUUUCACAAACUUAAAUUGAAAACAAACUCUCUUCUGUCCAAUAUAUAUAUGUCUUAUAUAUGUUAAGUCUAAUUGGGCAGAUUUGAAUGUUCAGCAUUUUGGGUCAGUUAUAGAAUAUUAUGGGGCUUGUUUAUACAUUUGUUAAGUAUACCCUUUGAAGGAAUAUGCUGUCCUUGCACUGUACCCAGAGGCUGAUACAGUAACUGGCCAGUGGGGUUUCCUACCCUGCUCAAUCUGUAUCUGAACAAACUCCAUGCAGAUAUGAAUUGGGGUGGGCAUCAUUCUGGCAACUGUAUGUCAAAUCUUUCAUAAGCAGCUGAAUAGUAGGAAUGCACUGAAUCCACUAUUUUAGGCCGAAUCCUGAAUCCUUUGCGAUUGAUUUGGCCUAAUACUGUACUGAAUACAAACCCUCAUUUGCAUGUUUAAAUCAGGGAAAUGGGGGGUGGGGGAAGAUAACAUGUGUGCAAAGCACAUUUUUGACUUUCCUAUUUGCGUGACAAAAAGUCAUGAUUUUUUGGGUUCGGAUUUGGUUCAGCCAGGCACUUGGAUUCAGCCGAAUCUAAAUCCUGCUUGAAAAGGCCGAAUCUUGGCCAAAUCCCAAACAAUUCCUGGAUUCGGUGCAUCCAUACUGAAGUCACAAGGCCAAAUCCCCUGAUACCUAUACAAGGUACUACAAAUGAAAUGGCACACAGGACUUAUGCAACACCUUAGGUGCGGACGGCGAUGCAAUGUUUUGGGGCGGACCCCUUUGUCAAGCACACGGAACAUACAUGUGGGUGUAUAUAAAUAGACAAAUAGUGAUUAGUUAAUUAAACCACCCACAUUUCAUUCUCCAACUCGUGAAAAGCAAAGGGUCACAUGGGAAGCAUCCCCAGUUGUAGUGCUUAAUUGAAUUAAAAGUCAAUAAAAAAUUCCUUCAAUGUAGAAAACAAGAUAUCAUUGAGAGCUCUUGAACACCACUCUAACCUGAUGAAACAUUUAGUAACUUAGGCAGUUGUCAUGUGACCUUUUUGUAGUGUGUUCAGCAGCAUGUGCAGGGUAGGUUCUAAUAAUACAUCUAAUAUAUCUACAACUGAAGUCUAGGGG